UGUUUUUGUAACGAACACGUCAGAAAGCGCUUCAAUAUGGCGUCAAACGGCGCACUGUGUACAACUGACGAGUUGUUGCCCGCGUUCGGGGCGUGUGAGCUAACAGCUAAUAUAUUUCGACAGAACCCCCAACCUGAUAACUUAAUUAAGUUAACUUUAGUAAGGCUGGCGGCAGAAAAACGACUGGAAAAUGUAAACUUCCAUUCGAGUGGAUGUGGAGUUGUCAGCGGCGUUUGUCACGUUGUGCUGUACGUGACCGCGUUCGAUGACGACACAGCUUGAUGACGUCAGACGUAACCAGUCUGUGGAAUGAUUGGCUAACACAUCCUUACGUCUGUGAAUAGAAAACGCCCUAAAUAUAUAUAACAAUUUCAUUUUUGGGGGGUUUUGUUUUUGUUUGAACAAGUAUCUGAAAUGGAUUCCGGCGAAAGGAUAAAGAAGAAAGCGGGCCACACAGUGUGUUGUUCGACUGACAAACUAACAUGACAAUAAAGUCCUGCUGCCAAGGACCCCCAAGUUGCUAAGUAACAAUGCCAAACAAGAGGAAACUUGCAUUUCUAGUGUGCAGCUUUGGAAACCUUGCAUCCCCGAGCUUUCCUCUCGGUUUUGAGGAGUACAAUCAGCAGGAGAUGCAGCUGUUGGUGUGCAGUUAAAACGGACCACAAUCUUGUCGCUUUAAUAACGGGAAUACAAGAAUAUGUCAUAUGUAUAUUCCCUGUAUGUCCUAGCACCAUGGCCAAAAGGAAAGGAGCCACCGGGACAAAGGUGACCCUUAAGGAUGCCAAGAAGGCCUUACGGAUGAAGCCCGACGGCUGGCGGAGACUUACGCUUAGCAACAUGGGCAUAACCAUCUUUCCGCAGUGUCUCUUCAAGCUGACUAACAUGGACGAGUUGGAUCUCAGCCGCAACGAGAUUAAAAAACUGCCAGAAGGAAUCGGGAAGCUGUCGUCCCUCAGAUGGCUGGACAUGCACAGCAACAAGCUGGAGUCUGUGCCCGAGUCCAUCGGUAAACUGGUGGGUUUGACCUAUCUCAACCUCUGUAACAAUCGUCUAACCUCGACAGGUUUACCCUCAACGUUGGCUUCCCUUACCAAGUUGAAGAGUCUAAAUCUGGGAUUGAACAAGCUGAAUGCCUUGCUUCCUACUAUGGUGGCCCUCGAGAGUCUCCAAGAGUUAGCCCUAUUUGAUAAUCUCUUCACCAGGCUACCAGAGUUUGUCAAAGCGCUAGGCAAUCUGACUAGAGUGAAUAUACAAAGAAAUCCCUUGCUUAAAGUUGUGGAGGACGACGAGGAGAUGGAAACUGAAAAGUCUGACGACGAGGACAAUGUGUUCCUCGUUCAUGAGAGCAGACUGUGUAAUUUGUGCUUAAAAAAAUGUAAAGACCCCAGGGGAAAUCAUCUGAAAGUAGACUGUGUGAGGUCAAAGUUUGAAGAGAUGAGGUCUUAUUCAGGACUGGUAACACCAAACUCUGUGGCCGCAGUCAAUCAGGAUGUGUGGCGAGUCAGAAGCUAGAACGUAGUGUGUUAUUUUUUUAUUUGGUAGCUGCAUGUUUUUGUGACCAUCCAGGUCAUGGUUCAGAAACAAUCGCUAUACAGAGCGGGGGUAUGCCACACCACCUACUCCCCACAUGCAAUGCUUUCCUUUUAUCCCUCCCAAAGAGAUUCAAUAUUUUAGCCUCUUAUAAACCACAUACACAAAACUGCUACCUUUGGUUUCAGGUGACCAUUGCUACAACUGAAUGGAAUGCUAACAAGGGCGGUUCUACCCGAGCUACUGUUGCAGAGGGUCACGCCAAUGUAUCUUAACAACUGUCGUUUUUGCGCCACAACAGAGCAAAGCCAUUCUUGUAGGGACAUGUAGGUACAUGUCCCUACCUUAAUGGAUUAAUACAUUGGAUCCAGCACCAUCCUUUAAGACUAGAGCUGUCCUAUCUAAGUCUGAAAGCAUGAACUGAUGAAGCACGCUCGACUUCUAAGACACACUGAA